AUGUAUAACCCCGAUGGAGGUACGGUUUUUCGAUAAAUUAUUUUUUUACAUUUUUUCAGUGCCGAUUUAAACUGAAAAAGUGCUUCGAAUAUCGUUGCCAAAGAAUUAGUUCUUCAGAUUAUUUAAACUUAUAAAAAGUGAACUCUUAUUAAUUCUUGAAGUUCCUUCAGAAAUAAAAUCCACAGUGGAUUAAGGGUAGGACAACUAGUUGCAAGAGACCGUCCCGUGCGCUGAAAAUAUUUACGUGAAAAUAUGCGGUUGGAAAAUGCUCUACCAAAGCAGACUAUAGAUCUUCUGAUCGUCUUCAGAUAAACUGGACACCAACAAGGCUGGUGUUUGGCGCAUCACACGAAGGCCUCGAUAGUUGUAUAUCUGAUAAACUCAGCAAGCCGUCCUCCUGACUUCAUUCUAGGUGGGCUGCCGUUGUGGUCGGCGACACACAAUAUUGAUUGUGUGGGCUGCCUCAUCUCUCAUUUUCUUUCAUUUUCCUACAACUUGAAAUAUUGCUGUUACUCAGCUUUUGACCAGUAAAGAAAACACGACUUUGAAGGUGUCCUGAGUACGGUUCAGAUAAAGUCAAGUGGAAUAACAUUGUCUGACGUUCGAGCCACCAUACUGCUUAUUUGCUGAUGCUUCUGGGAGACCUACUAUAGUUUUUUCCAUGAUUUCGUUGUGGUAUGGAAGACUGGUGCCGAGACAGGAAAACGUACGUACUGUUGUAUUGUUGCGUUAAGUGAAGUACUUUAUCUUCAUCACCAAUUUGACUUGGCUUAGUAACUUCUUAUUUCUUGAAGACCGCGGAGCAAAGCAGUUCUCAGUUGUUUUGCCUCUCAACACUUGUUGGCGAAUACUUUUGCUCUCAAGACAGUAAUCCUUGCAUCAUGUUUUUGACCACGAAACUACUGACCGUCUAGGCAUAACAAACUGCCACCAAACUGUCGGUUAGUGGCGAUGAUGGUGUCGAUGCUGCCAGUGGAAUAGAUUGUGAAUGCAGAGAGGAAGAGAGAGGGGCGCUGUGCAUUUCUUUUUCAUCAAGAACCAUACUUGCGUGCGGAUUGGGAGAGACCGUCGCUCUUUGAGCGCUUACAGACUUGUCUUCGUCCUCACCGGUCGCUGCGUCUCCCCUCUAGUCAUCUUGGCACUGUUUUAUCACGGCAGAGUGAUGGGUGCAGGAAGAGAGCGUGGGCUAAACGCGACGCACUAGCGUGUCAUCAUCGACUGCUCGAGCAGUUGCACUGCCUUUCCAAAGAACUAAAGGUUGGGCACGAGAAUAUGAACCGUCGUAUUACAGGUAGCUUUGCUCUAACUUCCAGGAGGCAUGGGUAGAGGAAUAGGGACCCCUAUGGAAUUUAGCGCGAGGCCAUAUGUGGAAGGAGAGUGGAGAGGGCGUCCGUAUUCCCAUGCCCGAUAGAGCCGUGCAGUUAUAGGAAUGCCGCUUGAGGCAGAGGUGACAGUGAGACUAAAGGGACUGAAACGUGUACUUGCGUGUAAGCCGAAAGGAGCAUUCAUUUUCAUAUUGUUCAACUGUUUUCGCAUAUUUAUUUUCUCCCUCUAGAGAUAAAAUGUCCGAAAAAACUGGAAUACUGUUACUUUGUGAGCGCGCGCAACCUGACUUACAGCCAGGGCGAGAAGUUAUGUCGGAGGUAUGGCAUGAAAAUAACUCGUAUUAAAAACCACCAGGAGAAUGUGAGUCAAACUUCAGCACCCUGCCUUUCCUGUCUCAUUUAUCUCGCUGGUGGUAUUAAUUAUUUUUGUACAGCUGCACCUGAACGACGUCUGUAAUAGUAGUUUCUACCUGCUCGCCCGGUUAGAUGGCGAUUUUUACUCCAAUGAGGGCGAACCAUUGGAUUUUGAGUGAGCUUUCACCAAUUGUUGAGAAAUGAAAUUCUUUAGGCACUGGACAUGUGAUGCAUUUGACAUCCUCGGACCCUGCACUAAAAGGCUGAACAACGGGCAAAUGACGACCAAUGAUUGCGAAGAAAAGUUGCCGAUAGUUUGCGACCUGUACUAA